GAGACUGGAGAUAUAGAGAAGUUUGCUGUAGGGAGCUGUCUGCCCCCAAUCGUAUCAUUCCAUACCAUUGGGACUAGAAAAGAAAGUAUUCUGAUAUUGUAGAGCAGCGGUUACUGCAUAAUAGCAGUGCACUAUUUACCAAUUGUAACAAAACAACUUCUGCAUGGAACAAUUAGCAUGAACCAUUUAUCUCACCUGUAAUGUUGGCUCUAGAAAUCAGAAUUGUUGCCGCUGCAGACAACAACAGGUUGUGUAGUGUAAUGGUUAGCACCCAGGAUUCUGAUUCCUGUAAUCCCGGUUCGAUCCCGGGCACGACCUCGUAUUUAUUCUUUUUCUUUUCCCUUACCACCGGAAUCAUAAAUUUAGACUCAUAGAGUUAGAAAUCUCAACAGCCACAACAACAGCUGGUUGUGUAGUGUAAUGGUUAGCACCCAGGAUUCUGAUUCCUGUAAUCCCGGUUCGAUCCCGGGCACGACCUCGUAUUCUCUUUUUGCGAUCCAUUUAACAUGGCUCAAUGUCAGUAUAAGCUGUUCAUGCAUGACCAGACCAAGACCUGUUGUCAGGGCCGCUCUGAUUUUACUCUUUUUCCCUUCUCCAGUUUUCCUUCCGAUGUGACCAAUCCCGCCAAAC